AGUAAUUUGAGCAGGAGCUACUGUAUUUCAAUGAGCUGGUCCUGUUCAUCACAUUCCCGUCCUCGCUACCUCUUCGUUCAAGAGUAAGGUACUUCAAAAGCAUCACCACCAACCUUGACCAUCAACACCUGAGCCUGGGAUCUUUCAACGGUAACUUCCACGCAAUGGUGUCCAUCAAGACAGUCGCUGUUCUCGGAGUAAGAAAAUCAAAUACCACGCAAUCCGUCAUGGAAUCAGUAUUGCAUAUUGCUAACGUACACGAACAGGGCAGCGGCAACCUUGGUCCGGCCGUGAUCACCGAGCUCGUCUCCGCAGGCUUCUCGGUCACGGGGGUGACGCGGGAGGGAUCCACGAACUCGACGCCCAAGUUCCCCGACAGCCUCCCCGUCAAGAAGGUAGAUUACAGUUCCUUCGACGCCCUCAAGGACGCAUUUCACGGCCAAGAUGCGGUCGUCUCGGUCGUCGGCGCGCCUGGGAUCGCCGCACAGAAGACGGCCAUCGACGCGGCGCUGGCGGCCGGCGUCAAGCGCUUCAUCCCGUCCGAGUUCGGCAUCCACACGCGCAAGGUGCGCGGGACCUCGAUCGGAAAGAUCCUGGCGGGCAAGAUCGCCAUCGUGGAUUACUUGGAGGAGAAGGUGAAGGAGAAUCCGGAGUUUACGUGGACGGGCUUGUCGACGGGGCUGUUCUUCGAUUGGGGUCUCGACUUCUCCGGCCUGGGAACUGUCAACCUCAACGACAAGACGGCCACGGUUAUCGACUCGGGCAACGAAAAGUUCUAUGCAAGCAAUCUCGCCCACAUCGGCAGGGCCGUGGCCGGCAUCCUGAAGCACCCGGACGAGACGGCAAACAAGUACCUUGCCACGGCGUCGUUCAACCUCUCGCAGAACGAGCUCAUCGCGCUGGUCGAGGAGCUCACGGGGUCGAAGCUCCCCGUCACGAAACUGAAGUCGGCCGACCUGCAGAAGGCAGGCGAAGAGAAGCUCGCGGCGGGCGAUCCGCGGGCGUUUGUGGACUUCUUGAGGGCGCACAACUCUGCAGAUGGCGCUGGGAAUGCGCUGACGGAGGACGAGAGCGCGAAUAAGUUGAUCGGCGUGCCAUACGAGGAUCUGAAGGCGUCUGUAGAGAGUUGGCUGAGGCGGAAGAGUGUGUUGUAAGGAACAUGGUCUGGGCCAUAUGAGCUAAGGAGGGAGGAUGAAUCCUGUGCUAUGUCGUAGUAUUUGCUCUCCGGUGUGACC